ACCUUCAAGGAGAAGAAGAGGAGGAGGAGAGGAAGAGGAGGAGGACAGAGACAGGUCCCAGUGAUGGCGCUGCUGGGGUGCGGUAGAGAGUUCCUCACGCGGUUCUUCCACACGGCUGUGAGUUCCGGAGCCGCUGCAUUACACACACUCACUCACACACACAACGCCGCGCGCUGCUUCCGGCACCUCAGCAAGUCCCGCCCCCUGGCCUGUGCGCUGUUUCGCCACACUGACGGAAGUGACGUAGCUCCCGCAGCGCGAGCGCCGUCCGCGCAGCAGCAGCAUGGUGGAGCUGUGUUUAACCUCGAUGUGUUGGUGUCUCUCCUGCGGGAGGAGAACGCAGUGGAUAUCUGUGUGAUCAGAGUCCCAGAUGAGCUCAAAUACACCGAGUACUUCAUCAUCGUCAGCGGCUCGUCAACCCGACACCUGAGGGCCAUGACACAGUACACCAAUAAAAUGUACAAGUUCCUGAGGCGAGACGGUGAUCCACACACACGUGUCGAGGGUCAGGACUGUGACGACUGGAUGUGUAUCGAUUUUGGGUCGAUGGUGGUCCAUUUCAUGCUCCCAGAGACGAGAGAAAGGUUCCAGUUGGAGACUCUGUGGACGCUGCGGCGCUACGAACAACUGACCAACACCACGCUCCCACACACACUGCCUCCUGACUUCAUACUCACACACACACACGCUCCCACACACACACACGCUCCCACACACACUGCCUCCUGACUUCAUACUCACACACGCUCCCACACACACUGCCUCCUGACUUCAUACUCACACACACACACGCUCCCACACACACACACGCUCCCACACACACUGCCUCCUGACUUCAUACUCACACACACACACGCUCCCACACACACACACGCUCCCACACACACGCUCCCACACACACUGCCUCCUGACUUCAUACUCACACACACACACACACACACGCUCCCACACACACGCGCUCCCACACACACUGCCUCCUGACUUCAUACUCACACACACACACGCUCCCACACACACACACGCUCCCACACACACUGCCUCCUGACUUCAUACUCACACACACGCUCACACACACACACACACACACGCUCCCACACACACGCGCUCCCACACACACUGCCUCCUGACUUCAUACUCACACACACACACGCUCCCACACACACACACGCUCCCACACACACUGCCUCCUGACUUCAUACUCACACACACGCUCACACACACACACACACACACGCUCCCACACACACGCGCUCCCACACACACUGCCUCCUGACUUCAUACUCACACACACACACGCUCACACACACACACACGCUCCCACACACACGCUCCCACACACACUGCCUCCUGACUUCAUACUCACACACACACACACACGCUCCCACACACACACACGCUCCCACACACACUGCCUCCUGACUUCAUACUCACACACACACACACGCUCCCACACACACACACGCUCCCUUACACACACACACACUGCCUCCUGACUUCAUACUCACACACACACACACACACACACUCCCACACACACACGCUCCCACACACACACGCUCCCACACACACUGCCUCCUGACUACACACACACACACACACACCCCUCCGAGUUGUUUUCUCCUGAUGGAAAGUUUAUGGUUCACACUAACGGAAGUGAGGAGGAACUCCGGUAUUAACAGAAAUCUGUAGAGAAAUAAACUGUUUCCAUGACAGUGAUGUUUUUGGUGAACUGAUAAACUGAUCAAUAAAAAUGACGUGAGGACCCCA